ACCAGAGUUUUAUACUGAUUCUUCCUCUUGUCAGCAUUGACCUCUCAAGAUGGCAGGACUGCGGGCUCUCGGUGUUCUGUCCAGAAUCACAGUGCGGCACAGAUACACACUGUUUUCAGAUUCCACCAGAAGAGGCUUCAGUGUCGCUUCUUCCUUAAUGGCUCGCACGCAUGUAAACUAUGAGGUCAAGGGAGAUGUGGCUGUUGUUCGGAUCAAUGACCCGACUUCAAAGGUGAACACACUGUCGGUUCAUAUGCAAAAGGAGAUGGCAGAGGUUUUGGGUGAGGUCUGGUCCAACGAUGCAGUCAAAAGUGCUGUACUGAUCUCCUCCAAGCCUGGCUGCUUCAUUGCAGGAGCUGACAUAAACAUGAUCCAGGCCUGUAAAAGUGCAGAGGAAGUAACAUAUAUCUCUCAGGAGGGGCAGAAGAUGUUUGAAAAAAUUGAGAAAUCCCCUAAACCUAUUGUUGCUGCAAUCAAUGGAUCAUGUCUUGGUGGUGGAUUGGAGUUUGCCAUCGCCUGCCAAUACCGAGUGGCCACAAAGAGCAAGAAGACUGUUCUCGGAACUCCUGAAGUCCUGCUGGGUCUACUGCCUGCUGCCGGAGGAACACAAAGACUACCAAAAAUGGUUGGUCUUCCCAGUGCCUUUGAUAUGACUCUGACAGGAAGGAACAUCCGUGCAGAUAAGGCCAAAAAAAUGGGUCUAGUGCAUCAGUUGGUCGACACUCUGGGUCCCGGACUGAAGGGCCCGGAGGAGCGAACUAUGGAAUACUUGGAGGAAGUAGCUAUAGAAUGCGCUCGUGGAAUUGUUAACAAGAAAAUUCCACUUACUAAAGAAAAAGGCAUGAUGCAAAAAGUACAAGACUACGUUAUGAGCUUUCCAUUUGUGCGAAAUCAAAUCUACAAUACUGUGCAGAAGAAAGUGAUGAAACAGACCAAAGGCUUGUACCCUGCACCACUGAAUAUCAUUGAUUGUGUGAAGUCUGGUGUUGAGCAGGGAUCAGAUGCAGGAUACCUAGCAGAGUCACAGAACUUUGGCAAAUUGGCAAUGACCACUGAAUCUAAAGCCCUUAUUGGACUGUACCAUGGCCAAGUCGCCUGCAAAAAGAACCGAUUUGGAGUUCCAGAAAAGGAGGUUAAAACCUUGGCCAUCUUGGGAGCAGGGCUGAUGGGGGCAGGCAUUGCUCAGGUGACCGUGGAUAAAGGAAUUCACACUAUUAUGAAGGACACCACACUGGAGGGCCUCAACCGGGGGCAUCAACAGGUUUACAAAGGACUGAACGACAAGACCAAGAAGAAGAGCAUUACAUCAUUUGAAAGGGACACCACGCUCUCCAACCUUACAGGACAGCUGGACUACAGUGGAUUCCAAAACGCUGACAUGGUUAUCGAGGCUGUAUUUGAGGAUAUUGCUAUCAAACACAAAGUUAUAAAAGAGGUUGAAGCUGUCAUUCCUCCACACUGUAUAUUUGCCUCCAACACAUCAGCCCUCCCAAUCAAAGACAUUGCGGCUGCCAGUAAACGACCAGAAAAGGUGAUUGGAAUGCACUACUUUUCUCCAGUGGACAAAAUGCAGCUUCUGGAGAUCAUUACUACAGACAAAACUUCUAAGGACACCACAGCCUCUGCAGUUGCAGUCGGCCUGAAACAGGGCAAAAUCAUCAUUGUAGUUGGGGACGGACCUGGGUUCUAUACCACUAGAUGCUUGGCUCCCAUGUUAGCUGAAGCUGUCAGGGUUCUGCAGGAAGGAGUGGACCCCAAGAAGCUGGAUUCACUGACUACAGGCUUUGGGUUUCCAGUGGGUGCUGCUACUCUGGCAGAUGAAGUGGGCAUUGAUGUGGCUGCUCACGUGGCUGAGGACCUGGGCAAAGCGUUCGGCCCUAGACUUGGUGGAGGAAAUCCCGAACUUCUCAAGACAAUGGUGGAGAAGGGGUUCAAAGGUCGCAAGACCGGUAAGGGUUGCUAUGUCUACCAGCCUGGGCUCAAGAGCAAAGAGGUCAACAUGGAGCUUAAUGAUAUUCUGGAGUCUUUUAAGCUGACACCAAACCCUGCAGUGUCGUCGGACUCAGAUGUGCAGUAUAGGCUGGUGUCUCGCUUUGUAAAUGAGGCUGUGAUGUGCCUACAAGAGGGCAUCCUGGCCAACCCAGUGGAGGGCGACAUUGGAGCUGUGUUCGGUCUUGGUUUCCCACCAUGCCUUGGAGGUCCUUUCCGAUUUGUGGACACCUUUGGUGCAGACAAACUAGUGGAGAAGAUGAGGAGGUUUGAGGACGUGUACGGAAACCAGUUCACUCCAUGCCCACUUUUGCUUGAUCAUGCCAAGGAUCCGAGCAAAAAAUUUCAUAAGUGACCUCAUCAUGUGCCAUUAGAACUAGCUGCAGUAUGAAUUCUCAUUUUCAUUUUUUAAGGAUACAAUGGCUGACCUGGUGUACUUCAAGCGAGAGGUUUGAAUGUAUUUUAAUGUGAAAAGAAUGUUAUCAUGCGAACAUAAAGAGAAUUACUAUGUGCCCAAGUAAUAUUAAGGUAGCCUUUAUACAGAAUUCUAAUCAUGUUUGGGUUGUUUUUGUAAGUUUAACAUAUUUGAUAGUUUUGUAUUUCUAAUGUAAAUGAUGGUUAGACCCAAGUUGUUUGUGUUCAUUCUUGUGUAUCAUGAUUAUCAGGACAGAUUCUAACAAGGAGCACCGUAACCUCUCUGCUGUACAUUUCUGCUCAUUCAUUUAUCCGUGAAGCAACUGGUUGUAUGGCUGGUGUGAACAUUGUCGCUUGCUGAGAUUUCUGUGGUUGGACCAGCUGUGCAGAGCAGAACAAUCAACUGAAAAAAAUAAAUAAACAUGAACUGUUUUAAACUGAA